GGCGCGGCCACCGCUUCCGCCGAGGGCGGUGCGGCGCGUGCGCGGCCGGGCGCGGGCGCCGGCCGGUGGGUGCCAUGGUCUUCCUCGGCGCGCCGCUGUGGCUGCGGAGCCGCCUCACUGACCGCUACUGGCGGGUCCGGGAGGUGCUGCAGCACGCGCGGCACUUUCGGGGAAGGAAGAAUCGGUGCUACCGGCUGGCGGUCAGAGCGGUGACCAGAGCGUUUGUGAAAUGCACGAAAGCGCGAAGACUGAAGAAGCGGAACAUGAGGACCCUCUGGAUUAAUCGAAUUACAGCUGCCUCCCAGGAACAUGGCCUGAAGUACCCAGCAUUCAUUGUCAAUUUAAUUAAGUGCCAGGUGGAGCUCAACAGGAAAGUGCUCGCGGAUCUAGCCAUCUACGAACCAAAGACUUUUAAAUCUUUGGCUGCUUUGGCCAAAAGGAGGCGACAGGAAGGAUUUGCUGCUGCCCUGGGGGAUGGGAAAGAGCCCGAAGGCGUAUUUUCCAGAGUGGUGCAGGAUUGCUGAGCGGGAUUCCGACGUGCAUGCUUUCUGCAUGCUCUUUGCAGCGGAGUGUCUUAGGAAAAGGUUUUUCCCCGAUGAUCACAGCAGCUAAAAUAGGAGCUAAAAACUACUUGUCAACAGUGUGUGAUCAGCAAUUAUAUUAAUUUGCAUUUUAGUAAAAGGCGUGUAAGGCCCCUUCUUCCCUCAUUGAGACAGAUAAAUAAAGCUUGUGUGGUGUGGUGUUCA